GUUCAGUCCUGCAGAGGACCCCAGCCAGAGGUGUUCUUCCGGAAUAAUCCUGCGUCUAUGCUAUGGAAAGAGAUGAGAGGGCUGGAAACCUGGGAUUGCACAGAGGGGCUCAAAGCUACGUGCAGGCAGCGCAGGGAAUUCUCACUGCUCCCUUUCCCAUUUCGUAUUCCCUCCGACACGCAGAGAAAAUCCCGGUCCCAGAUGUUGCCGUUGCCAUCCUGAAUGGAACCUGCAACCUCCUGCUAAACUGCUCUGUCGCCGAGGGAGCGGAAAGCGCCACCUUCGUCUGGACGUACACCCGCAGGAGGGUCAUCCAGAUCAAGGAAGGACCCACCCUGCGCAUCUUGAGCCGGCCAAGAGCUAAAGACAUGGUGCACACCUGCCUGGCGAGGAACCCCGUCAGCCAGAGCUCAAAAACGAUCUCCAUAGAAGACUACUGUGAAAGUGGCUCACCGGCAUCCAUUUUCCAAGCGCUGAAGGCAACAUGCAUCUUCAUGUUCUUUGGACUCCUCUUCAGCAUGACCAAUAUUCUAAAAUAAGGACCAAACGCUGCCUUCGAAUGCAGACUGGAGUGACGGGAAUGCAUGCAAAGGGAAGAUUUGUUGCUGACGAGGAUACAGAAGAUAUAACGCCAACUGCAUCCAAAUGCCACCAACCCUUGCUGUUAGUUGCCUGAACUUCAGGCCUGCUAACGCGAAGAGCUGCUGCUGCAGAAUUCAUUACUGUGGCUUUUUAAAAAGCCACUGUAGAUUACAAGCAGCAAGAGACGAUGCCGAGGCAUUUCCCAUCUGCAGGCAGAAGGUGAUCAUCUCCCAACAUCUCCUCCUUAUGGGCAUGAAGCAUCACAGCUGAGAUCCAGCCAAUAGUGUGAUGGUUUGCUCAUUGUGUUGACUCCUGUUUACCAAUAAAAAUGCACU